AUGGUUACGCACGAGAUGGCGAACAGCACAGGUGUCCUCUCCGACAUGGAGGCCAUGGGCAUGAAGGCCGACAUGACUCACGAGGAAAUCGUUCACCUGACCGAAUUGUCACCAGAGGAGAAGAUACUCGAGAAGAAGCUUUUGCGACGAAUUGAUAUACUGAUCAUGCCGCUCGUCGUUUUAGUUUAUCUGUUGAAUUACAUUGAUCGAAAUAACUAUGCGGCAGCAAAGCUGCAAGGUCUGAUUGGUGAUCUCGGCUUGACCAUGACCGAGUAUCAGACGGGAUUGUCGAUUCUCUUCGUGGGCUAUAUCCUGAUGCAAGUCCCGAGUAACUUGAUGCUCAAUUAUAUGGGCCGGCCGUCACUGUACUUGGGCUUCUUCAUCACGGCGUGGGGACUGGUCUCUGCCUUGACCAGCCAAGUGAAAGGGUAUGGGUCGGUCGUGGCAUGUCGCUUUCUUUUGGGUCUCGUCGAGGCCCCUUUCUUUGCUGGUGUCCUGUUCUACCUGUCCAAGUGGUACACCCGUAAGGAGCUGGCGUUCCGUAUGAGUAUUUUCUACUCUGGUUCCCUUAUGAGUGGCGCCUUUGGAAACCUUAUCGCGGCGGGAAUUCUGAAGGGACUCAAGGGCGACCGCGGUAUGGCUGCGUGGCAGUGGCUGUAUAUCAUCGAGGGCACGAUCACUGUGGCCGUCGGCCUUGUCAUCUGCUUUAUUCUUCCCGACUUCCCUGAGACAUGGAAGCUGCUCAGCCCUGAAAUGCGCAGCGUCGCUGUGCGUCGCUUGGCCAUCGAGGCCGCCGAGGCCGAUGUCGAUGAAGCGGGUGGUAUCUCGCAGCUGAAGGGCCUCAAGAUGGCCAUGACCGAUAUCAAGACCUAUGUCCUGGCUCUGGGAUACAUGUGCAUCACAGGCGCCGCUGGCUUCCAGAACUUCUUCCCGACUCUGACGAAGACCCUGCACUACAACGACACCAUCUCUCUUUUGCUCGUUGCGCCACCAUACAUCUUCAUGGUCGUGUACAGCCUGGCGCACUCUCACCUCUCGGACAAGAUGGGCAAGCGCUUCUGGUUCCUCGUGUAUCCGAUCCCCAUCUCCAUCAUUGGGUUCAUUCUCUUCUCCACCACCACGGGAUUUGCUCCGCGAUAUGUCUCGCUCUUCUUGAUGAUGUUUGUCUUUACGCAAAAUGCGACCAUCUACUCCUGGAUUGCCAAUGCUCUGCCCCGCCCGCCCGCCAAGCGUGCCGCUGCCUACGCCUUCAUCAACUCCAUCGGCAAUUCGGCCAGUAUUUGGACACCAUACACUUAUAUCGAGUCCGAGAGCCCCAAAUUCUGGACCGCCAUGGGGGUCAACAUUGGCCUGCAGGUCUUGGGACUGGCUUGCGCGGUUUUCAUGUACUUCAACCUGCGCAUGUUAAACAAACGCCAGGAGCGUCUGGAGAACGAGGAUGUCCAGUUAACCGACAAGGAGCUGCGCCGGCUGCAGAUCACGGCGGAAUUGGAGGGCAUUGACAUUGCCGCCGCAAGACGCUUGCAGAAAGGAUUCCGUUACGUGCUCUGA